GACGUGCCCACCCAGCACGCUCGGCGUUGCCUGGAGCCGCAGCGUGCAGAAGCAAGUGAGGGGGUAGCCAGACGCUGAAAGCGCGGCGCUGAUUAGCGAAUCCGGAAUCGCCUGAAUGAAAGCCCACUUGUGAUUCGCCCUAAGUAGACCAAAGACCCUGUGGGCUGGAACCGGCCGGAUCGUGAAGUAUGGCCGGCACCGUACUGGGCCUGGGGGCCGGCGUGUUCAUCCUAGCCCUGCUCUGGGUGCUGGUUCUGCUCCUGUGCGUGCUGUUCUCCAGGUCCUCCGGUGUUGCUAGGUUCUCUGUCAUUUUUGCCUUCCUCGGUGCUCUGAUCAUCACAUCCGUUCUGCUGCUUCUCCCCAGGGCCAGUGAAGCCCCAGCCCCAGAGGUCGAAACGAAGGUCGUGGAUGCCUUUUUCAUUGGCCGCUACGUCCUGCUGGCUUUCCUCAUCGCUGUCUUCCUUGGAAGCCUCUUUUUGGUUCUAACGCAUCAUAUCUUGGAGCCAAUCUACGCCAAACCACUGCGGUCCUACUGAGCACCGUUUGGGAAAACCGAGACCCUGUUUCUCCUUCAGUUUUGGUGUCAUUGAUGGGCGGAAAGGCAGUGAUCGGAGCCUUGUUUUGACUGCCUUCAUGCCUCAAGCUCAGAGGAAUAUCCAUUCAUCACUAAGACAAAUCCCUCGAAUCCUGGCUUCCAGAAGUGGGGCUGCAAGAUUGUCCCUGUGCAGAUAGAUUCUCACCAGCCUGAGGGGGACAUUGCUUUCUUCUUAGCACCUGUACCUCAGAUUUUCAUCUGUUUUGAAAAGGAAAUCGUAGCAGUGAUCUGCUCAGAGUAGAUUUUCAAUCCUGAUGUCAGUGAGUAGAUUUGGGGUAAAGCAGCACUUUGGCUUCUGCUGUCUGAUAGAUGGAAGAAUCUGGUCCUUUGAAUAAUAUAUGACAUUUUCAGGUACAAGGUCAGGAUCAUUGGGAAAGGAAAGGCUCUCAAAGUUCAAAGGGUUACUUGAUGUGCUGAGUUGGAAGGCUGCUCAGGUUUUGAGCAUUCUAUGCGUGUCAUGCCGCAAAAUUCUGUAACGGCGGUGGUGUCACCGCCCUCUGCUCUAAUAAAUCAAUAGCCAAGAACCAAAGGAGUGACUUUCACUUCAGAUUCUUGGCCACAACUUCCUGAAUCUCAUAUUUCUUUAUUUCAAAUUUACCUGGAGAUUAGGAGGAAGGGUAUGAAAAUCUGGUUGGUUGUCUCACUUUGUAUCUCUGGGACUCUUUUUUUCCUAGGAUUUGGUGGCCUUUGAGUGCCUCAUUAUGUUACUGUAAGAGCCCAUUUGGGGUUAUUGGCAUCUCUUUUCAUCUUUGUAGCGCAUUCUCCAAAGCUAGUGAGAGAUUAGAUGUAACUUUGAACCUGUCUGACAUCCCUGACCAGGUGAAAUUUGUCAUUAAGUGGAGCAGCUGGUUCCAUUCUGGAAGAUUUUCUGGCUUAAAAUUAUGAACCAGAGAACAAGUUGGAAAAAGAACCUGGAGUACAUGCUAGAUGCCAGUACUAUACUAGUUCCCCCAAAAUUCAGUUUUUUUCAUCUUUACAACAAUCUAUUAUGAUUCCCAUUUUGAAGUAGAAAAAAGUACCGUGUAAAGAGAUUAACUAACUUGCCUAAGAUGCAUGCACAUAAUGGCCGGUGUGCAUACCCAACCGUGGCCAAAACCAGGGCCUGUGUUGGACUGCAAAGAAAACACACUGAACUUGUGGCACUUAGGAGAGCUUGAGGAAGUUAGGGCCACUUCUCCUCUGCUUUCCCUCCUGGGUCCUGCUGGUGUAAAAAAGGUACCCAGUCCUGCCACCCCAGUGGGGGUUAAGCUCUAAACGAAAAGAGGAGGGAACUGGUGGU